CGGACCCGAACGGAUGGACCUCUUGCAUGCAUCAUUCAUGCAAGUAUUAUCUAACACCGGUAGGGUACUCUAUGCCCGUUGCUUUCAAUCGUCUGCGCCCAGCCUAUCUACCGUAGCUAGUACCAGGGGCAACAGAGAAGAGGCGAAUGCACAUACAUCCAUCCAUCUUGUUUGAAUACGAUUGAUCUAUUGAGGUUGUUGAAGGGAGAUGCAGUCCACUGUGGAUAUAUUCUCCGAGGACUUCUUUGCGGAAGAUCCUUUCGGAGACGAUGUCUUUCCUUACACUGAAUCGUUUUCAGCGUUAUCCCUAGAGCUCUUCACCGUCGAGGAGAACCUUAGUCACACCAAUGAAGCCCUGUCAGUGGCAACGACUGAGAAAGAAGGCGGGUCAGUUUACACGUCUUCGACCCCCAACAGCUACCGUACAUGUCAAGCCAAUUUGGUGGAAAACAGCUUAGAAAACACGGACGUGGAAGGACAAGACCGCCUUCCAGGAGAUAGUGAUACGAUCAAGGCCUUGGCGUUCUCGGUCAUUCACGCCGAUGAUUCUGGAACCAACACGACGUGCAGGAGUACCGACUACGAGAGCACUGACCACACAACUCCCAAUGCUCAAUCGGCACCAUCGUCUGUUGAUGAUCCAGACCAGCAUCCACCAGGAGCCGUGCAUCGGGAGUGCAUGGCAGCAUCUUGUGUCAUCCGGACACUCACCAUAAAGCAUCAAGAAGAGCAAAUUCGAUUCCUAAGGCAAAAGCUGCAGGAAUAUGCCGACCUUUGUGCUCGACAUAACAUUGGCCAAGACCUGUUGUCCAACAACAGGGCUGUUGCUGUUCCAAGCAAUGUCAACGGGAAUGAUGACAACGCAACUGCAAGGACCAAUUACGAAGACAAAACGUACACCGAUCUUUUGGGGCCGUGGGAUAUCCCCUUUCAUGUGGAGAUUCAGCAACAAAAAGGAGCAACCGCCGACACCAACAGCAACAACAAUGAUGACGACUAUUCUGGCGUCACCUUUGCCCAGCACCCUAGCAAGACCAGAGAUGCUGUCCCUAGAAUACGACCUUGUCCCACUGAUGACGACGAUACCCUCCCCGUCAUUCGACCCUUUCUCAAUCGAUCCAAAUGGACACCCAAAACUUCUAGGCGUUCCUUGUCCCAAACAUCAUCAAACGGCGGAAUCAAUCAUCCGGCAACUCCGCAGUCGAGACACUCGUCCACGAGGGCUGAUUUGAGGCCGCGAUGGACAUCACAAGCUGGUCACUCGCCGCACUUCGAUCGGGCAGCUCUACAGCUACCUUCCCUCGAAGAGACACCACCUGCCAGAGUUCAUUGUAUAGAGGGCGAGCAACACUCCAACAGGGAGAAGGACAAAGACCAGGUUCAGGACGAGAGUCGAGUCCGAUGCAUGACAGUAGUCAUUGAAAGGAAAUAUGGCAGACAAAAAGCACUUUAUUCUGGAACAAUCCACCCUGAAAGUGGUUGUCCACACGGGGCGGGGACACUUCAAUUUCUCAAGACUGGAGAUGUUUACAUCGGGGAAAUUGCUUAUGGAGAAAUGCAUGGAAAGGGGACCUAUUGCUAUCGCAAAGGAAACCAAAUGUUUCGCGGUGAUUUCGUUCGCAAUACGUUUGUUGGGAGAGGAAAGGGGCAGAAAGAGGAUGGCAGUCUUUUGGCACUACCGGUAUGAUUCAUCAUAGGUGUUGCGGGGAGUCUUAGCCUUCACUGGAAGUCCAACAGUACAUGUACCGGUACAGCGUUGUGCUCUGUGGCGGUCAUACAUGAAGGUUGAAGGACGUAGACUGGAGGCAAAUCCUAACGAAACAUGAGACGUCUCAAAAUUGACUCACAAAAGCAGUUUCGGCUUCGCCGCUUUCUGACGGCGAAUCGAUAGGUUAGGAAUAUCUCUUGCACUACGAUCAAUUGUUGCUUCACACUUGAUAUCUAAACAUCACUAUAUUGAUUGAUAACCAUAGAAACACCUCGUGUUGCAUUUCAUCUGGUCUUCUCCCGCAAGCCAGAAGGUGUCGAAGCAGCU